AUGUACCCCACCUCACCCGCCAGACACCCGGCACAGACCCUGGCCCUGAACAGCCAGUACAUCCCCCCUCCCUAUGAGUUCACCGGAUACCACCCCGUCGCCGACCCGUCCAUGAGCGCGUGGAACCCAGUUUACGCAUCACGAGACGAAUAUCCGUACAGCUACACGGGCUCGAGCCCCGGCACCGGACAAGUGAGCUUCACCUCCCCGGAGCUGAGCGGUGCCCAGGUGGGGGUUGGAGGGGGGUCCUUCAGCCCCUACAACUUAAUUCCCGGACCAGAGCCCUUCAACUCCAAGAGGAGACCCCUGGAAUCUGUCAGACCGUCUGCCUCAGGAGGGAAGACUCGCACUAAGGACAAGUACAGGGUGGUGUACACCGACCAACAACGGCUGGAGCUGGAGAGAGAGUUUCAAUACAACCGCUACAUCACCAUGAGGAGGAAGACUGAGCUGUCCAUGGCUCUGAGCCUCUCAGAGAGACAGGUGAAGAUCUGGUUUCAGAACAGACGAGCCAAAGAGAGGAAGAUAAACAGGAAGAAGCUGCAGAAUUCCCAGCAGGCUUCCACUACCACGCCCACCCCACCUGUCCUGGGUGGACCUAGUGACACCCACAUCACCACCAGCCCCAGCAGCAACAUUUUGUCUGAUACGAUAUCAGAAGAAUACUAG